CGGAAUUUGGACUCGUCCGCGCUCGAACCUGCCAACUGGGGAAAUGAAGCAAAAGCAAACAGCUCAUGAACAGCUGUAGCGAAAUACCUAUGUCGUGCGGGUUGUAACGUAACUUCGAUCCCAUUCGUCAAAAUACCUUGUGUGUGUUUCUAAAAAAAAGUUCCGAUUCUUUAGCGUGUGUGAUCUUUCAGUGCUAAAUCCUCUAUUAACUGAACGAUUUAUUGACAUUGGUGAAGCCAUAUUUGAAGUCUGCCCGUCCUGCUUCAAUCACAAGUAAUAGAACGGAGUGGACUGCCCUCAUCCAAAGUGCUGUGCCCAAGACGAUGACAUUUAGAAAAUGGGCAACUUCUGCCGGCUGACACGUGCCGGCUCCGAUGUCUCGUCAUGUUUCAUCCUUGUGUUCGUGCUGUCGCUGGUUACGGGACACGCGCGUCAUGGCCCCGCCACGCAGGAGCCCGAAGGCUGCGUAGCGAUCAAAACCUCCCUACUGCGCUGUGCGAAUCGAUCGGCCGCAGGAGUGGCCGUCGCUGCCAACGUCACCCAUCUGGAAUUGCGCAACGUCAGCGAGGGUCGACUCGAUCUGAACCGCGUACGCCAUCUGUCAUGGACGGACAGCGGUAUAGUCAAUUUAAAAGACUGCUUAAUAAACCCGGAGAACCUAAAGUCGAUAGAUAUGAGCAACAACAACAUCAGUCAUUUAGAAAAUUACCAGUUUGCCAACUACAGCAGCUUGCUGCAAAUGAACCUCUCAUACAACCGAAUAGCUGAUCUGCCGCGAUAUGUGUUCAAAAACCAGAAGCUUAAAACGCUCUGUCUUAGUCAUAAUUAUUUACAGGCAUUACCUUUCCAGGUAUUUGCCAUGGAACAUAUGACUGAGUUAGAUCUAAGCUACAACUACCUAGCUACCUUCCUAGAUCAUUUCUUUAAGUUUAACAAAUAUAUUGAAUUAUUAUUACUGAACAACAAUCGUAUCACCAAGCUCACAUCGAACGCUUUAGCCGACCUUACCGAGCUGCGUCAUUUGGAUCUCAGCAACAACUUGCUUACCAGCUUUUCAAAGGGCCUAUUUGAUUCGCUGAAUAAGCUUGAAUUCUUAAAUGUAGCUAAUAACCCGUUAGGCAGUUUGGCUAGCGGCACAUUCCGAGGAUUGAAAAAUCUUCGCCAAAUCGACUUGAGUAGAAACAAUAUGGUGCUCUUUACAUUUGGCUUACUACACUUUAGUCCUAAUCUAAUAUCGCUCGCAAUCGAUGAUACGGACAUCCAGAAAAUUCACAAUUCCGAACUGCUCGGAGUACCUUUAUUGCGAAAUCUUUCUAUUCGUAAUAAUAAACGAUUAAGGGAAAUCGAAUCGUACGUCCUGGCCGAUACUCCAGCGUUAGAGCGAUUAGAUAUAAGUGGAAAUUCCUUGACAUUCUUACCUCAAUCGAUGGCUAAUCUAACGCGGCUGAAGCACCUUAAUAUUUCAAAUAAUCCUUGGGCAUGCGACUGCCGGAUGUACUGGUUUGCCGCCUGGGCGGAAAAGAAAAAACGUGAAGAUUUGGAACUAUCCGAGCUGACAUGUGGCCCGGAUGCAUACCCGAACGAUAUGCUUCCCACACUGCAACAUUUGAACUGUACCCGGCCGCAUAUAGUAUAUAAGACGCCUACCAAAUUAUAUCGCCUUAAAUCCGAUGCGGUGUUGGAGUGCAGGUAUUCGGCAUAUCCUCCACCUUCCAUUACCUGGAUUACACCAAAAAGGGAAGUGUUUCAUUGGAACCCAGAUGCUGGCAUCCCAGAUACCUUCGAAAAACAUCCACAUGCUCACGAUAUUUACAUGACACCCUUAAGAGUGAUUCCUCCUCGAAUACAGGUAUUAGAUAAUGGAACUUUGUGGAUUAGAAAUAUAACACGUAGUGACUGCGGCCGCUAUUAUUGCUACGCCAGCAAUCCUAUAUCCAACUUUACUGAUGACGUGCUCCUACAUAUUGAUCCUACAGACUGGAAUCAUAUUCGUAUCAUUAGUUUAAUUGUUGGAACUCAGAGUGCCGCUGGCUUCCUUGGCCUUACCCUUCUUGUUCAGUUCCUACGCUACAUUCUAAAUAAAUUCGGUAUCCUAAACAAUUUCUGUAGUUUCUGCAAACGAGACAGAGUUUCACCUAGAGCACGUCAAAUUUACGCAAUGUUAGAUAAUAUCGAGCAAUACAAGUCACAGCAAUUAGAGAAGUUAAAGGAUAACUACACACAACAAGUGAAUAGAAUAAAGGACAACUGUGCUCAACAAAUGGAGUGGAUUCAAAACAGCUAUCAGUCACAGGCGAAACAUUUACGAGACUUUAGAGAUAUCGGAAGCCAGCAUAUAUCCACCCUAAGAGGACAAUACUGUGACCAGGUUCGCAAAGUACGCGACUAUUCGACGACUCAACUGAACUGGGUACGCGAGAACUACGUAUUCCAACGCAACAAGAUCCGCAAGUUCAGCGCUCACAAAGUACUCCAGCUGCGAGAAACUUACAAGUAUCAGCAACAGACCCUGAAUAAGGUGCUAGAGAACCUGCCCAGCCUCUACUUUGAGAACUGCCGAGCGGGAACCUGCGGUCGGGCGGAGAGUCUCGUCUUCGACCCCAACGACAUCGAAAGCGUCGAUUUCUACAUCAAGUCCAAGAUCGAGCAACUGUCCAACUUGGACGAGGUUACGGACACGGAAAACCUGACCCAGAGUCGUUUGUCGUUGUACUACACGCCGACGGAGCGGUCCAUCGGUUCCAAGGUGAUGUCGCCGGACGCGUUGGCCGGCGUACACAUUAACUACAUCGAAGAAAGACCGGUGAUGCCGUUCCCGAACGGAGGGAUGUUGCCGUUGCCGUUCUCUAACGGAGAUGCGUCGGCGUUUCUGAACGCAGGCGCGUCAACUUCCAAAGAUGCUUAUAUUAAUCCUGAUAUCCCUGUAGUAGACGUAGGGGAUAUCAAACUCGAUUUGCCCGAAGAUCGAGUCAAUCAUGAGACAGCGCUCUGAAUUAUGACAGUUGUUAUAGAUUUAUUGUAAUAACGAAAUUAAAUUAUAUAUAAAAAUUAGUUUAUCAGUAA